GAUCGACAGCACUUUUUGACAAGCCAUCGCAAGUCGCGGGCGCGUUAUAUGGUCAUGUUGAUCACCUAGUCAUUCAUCAAGGCGCUGCAACCGUCGGCAGCUUGACAAAACAACUUGGAUCGUUGCCAGCACACAUGCUGUACGGUGGAUCACACUUUCAAAAAGCUGGAAAAUCCUGCUGGGACAAGGUUGCCGGUCUCGGUCCAAAUAUCCAGGCGUGUACAGGUGAAUUCUUCCAGCGUGCCGGUGAACUCUAUCCCUCCAACAAGAUAACGGAAUUAAGGAAGUCUGUGGAUAGCGUCGGCAGCACAGCUACGACACUCUACCAAGUCACCAAAGAAGCCGCAGAACAUCGCGGCAUUCCUCUCUACACCGUAUUGAAAGACCUUGGAAACACCUUCAGUGUCCUAUUUGAAGAGCUCAAGGAACAGUUUCCACCCCCAGAUGAAGCUCCCGGUCAUGAGAAGCGCAUGGCAAUGAUCAACACAGUUCUUGAUCGUAUCGAGGAGUGUUUCCUGAAGGUCGUCGGCAAGCUUGGAGUGAGCAGGGAGCCUCUCGAAAGUCUCACAGGUUCUCUGAAGACUGGUCUUAAACACGUUGUGGUGACUAUUGGAGACGUUAGCGAGCAGCAUCCACACCUUGUUUGGGCCCUCUCGGGCAUUGUGAUUAGCAUGCUAUUUGCCGAAGGUCUUCUUUUCACGAUUCUCCGCAUAGUUGGGUUUGGGCCUUUGGGACCAAUGAAGGGUGGAAUUGCUGCGUGGUUGCAAGGGUGGUUGUUUGGCCCCGCCGUGCCGAAGGGCAGCUGGUUCGCGAUACUUCAGCGCUCCGCCAUGGUAGGAGCGCGGCUGUAGAGCUGGUGCGGUGCGAGGUUCGUCCAUGACUGAAAUCCUCGAGAGUCGAGGCCUGUUACGUUUGUGCAAAUAUAUUAUGUACUUACGCAUAUGAUUUUUGUCGCUCGUUAGUCAGCGUCACAUGUUCAUAGGAGGAAGCACUCUGAUCAGAUCAUGUCUGUGGCCUGGGGGAAUUUGGGUAGCU